AUGGGUUGUGGUGGAUCAAAAGAAGAUGCAGAAGCUAAACAAAGAAAUGAUGAAAUCGAAGGUCAAUUAAAACGUGAUAAAAUGUUAUUAAGAAAUGAAAUCAAGAUGUUAUUAUUAGGUGCAGGUGAAUCUGGUAAAUCAACCAUUCUGAAACAAAUGAAACUAAUUCAUGAAGGAUCAUAUACAUCAAGUGAAAGAGAAUCAUAUAAAGAAAUCGUAUUUUCAAACACAAUCCAAUCAAUGGCUGUGAUCUUAGACGCGAUGAAGAUGAUGCAAAUCCCAUUAGGUUCAGCUCAAUUAGAACCUUUGGCAGAAUUGAUUUGUUCAUUACCUCCUCAGAUUGAAGAUCAAGAUUUGAAUCCUUCGGCUGUACAUGCGAUUCGAUUACUUUGGAAUGAUCCAGGUGUACGUCAAUGUUUUGAUCGGAGUAGAGAGUAUCAGCUUAAUGAUUCAGCAGCAUAUUACUUUGAUUCGAUAGAUCGGAUUGGAAAACCAGGUUAUUUACCAAACGAUCAAGAUGUCUUGAGGUCUAGAGUCAAGACCACUGGGAUCACUGAAACAGUCUUUGUGAUUGGUGAAUUGAAGUAUCGAAUGUUUGAUGUAGGAGGUCAGAGAAGUGAAAGGAAGAAAUGGAUUCAUUGUUUCGAAAACGUCACAGCAAUCGUCUUCUUAGUAGCCGUUAGUGAAUACGAUCAAAUGUUAUAUGAAGAUGAAUCAGUCGUAAGUCCCCUCAAACCCUCCUCCUCCCAAACCUGA